AUGAUCAACUCACUAACAAUUUAUGGAAUCUUAAUCAUGUCUAGUGGGAUACAAUCCUCACACGCACAGUAUCCUGCGGACAAAUCAGGAUAUCAAAUACAAACCCCACCUCUAGAUACAGAUUGGACCAAUAAAGUAGGUACGAAUCCAUGGACUGAAUAUCCCAGACCUCAACAGAUUCGAGAUAAAUGGCAAAGCUUGAAUGGUAUCUGGAGAUAUGAACAAGCUUCAAAUUUCUCUGAUAUCAAUUCUCUUCCUACGGGAAAAGGAGAAGACUGGGGUCAAGCUGUAAUGAUUCCAAGUUGUAUUGAAAGUGGUCUAAGUGGCCUGAAAAUCGAUAUAAAAGAUAAUGAAUUUUCAUGGUUUCAAACCAAAUUCACCGUGCCAUCGGAUUGGUCCAAUCAAUCUUUAUUGAUCAAUUUCGGUGCGGUAGACUAUGAAGCUACUGUAUUUAUCAAUGGCAAAAAUGCCACGACACAUAAAGGCGGAUUUACCAGAUUCGAUGCGGAAAUCAGUUCUCUGGUCGAAUAUGGAAAAGAGAAUGAGAUAACAGUCUUCGUGCAUGAUCCUACCGAUAGCACGGAAUAUAUCAUACCUGUUGGCAAACAAACCAGAGAUCCAAGUCAUAUCUUCUAUACUCCAUGUAGUGGGAUCUGGCAAAGUGUCUUCAUCGAACCUGUGCCCAAAACGUAUAUUCGUCGAAUCGAUUUAACUGGUGAUAUGGAUGGCGUCGGCACGAUCAAUGUUCACACCUCUGAUGGUUCUACCCAAGGGGUGAAAAUAGUUCUAUCAGAUUCACAAGGUACAGCAUAUGAGUCUUCAGGACAAUCCGAAUUACCGUUCAAUUUCACCGUACCGAACAUCCAAACAUGGUCACCUGAUACCCCUACGCUCUAUAACGUUACUGUCACUAUGGGAGAUGAUAUUGUGACUACUUAUACAGGAUUUCGAAGCAUAGGUAAAGGUACAGUAGAUGGAACUGUUAGACCGCUUCUGAAUGGCGAUUUCAUUUUCGCCUUUGGUACACUCGAUCAAGGAUUCUGGCCAGAUGGGCUGUAUACUCCUCCAUCAUAUGAAGCUAUGAAAUUCGAUCUUCAGAUGCUUAAAGAUCUUGGAUUCAACAUGGUUCGAAAGCAUGUCAAAGUUGAGACCGAUUUAUUUUAUCGAGCAUGCGAUGAGCUAGGUUUAUUGGUGAUCCAAGAUAUGCCUAGCACGACUGCUAAGAAGGAGUAUAUACCUAACAAAGCUCAACAAGCUCAAUGGUUAGCAGAAUUUACGGAGUUGGUCAAUCUUCAUAAAUCCUUCCCUUCGAUAUACACUUGGGUUGUCUUCAAUGAAGGCUGGGGACAACCUAAUGAUGGAUCCGAAUUGGAACAUACCGGUGUCAUCCAAAACCUAGAUCCCACAAGACUGAUUGACGCUACAAGUGGUUGGAAUGAUCAUGGCGCUGGAGAUUUCUCUGACAAUCACCACUAUCCUUCUCCACAAUGUGGAAUGCCAAAUGCUGAUAAUCCUUCUGGACCGUAUGAUCCGCUUAGAAUAGGGUUCCAAGGUGAAUUUGGUGGUUUGGGAUACAACGUUACCAUCGAACAUCUGUGGAAUGUUCCCAAAUCUAUCAAGGAGAUUAAUGAGACUUACGAGAUUGACGAUACGCUGGAGGAAUGGAAUGCAAGAUCCCGUGAUCUACUUGGCCAGCUGCAAAGUCAGGUGACGAAUCUUGCGUGUUCCGGGGCGGUAUGGACCCAAACUACUGAUGUUGAAGGCGAGAUCAACGGUUUAAUUACUUAUGAUCGGAGGGUCAAACGGUACGAUGAGGAACAAUGGAAAUCAGAUAUUCAAGCUUUAUACAAAGCCGCAGCAGGUCGAGGUGCAGGUUCAAGCUCAGGUUCAUCAUCGAGAGAAAGCACCACUUCUGCCAGAAGCAAUACGGUAACUGCCACCGAACCAGAAGUUAAACAAACUGGUUUCUCAAAUUCGAUAAGAAUGGAAAUUAGAUGCGGUCUCUGGAGCAUGCUUGCCUUCGUGGGCUUGAAUAUGGGGAUACUACUGUAA